UGCAUUACAAAAGAGGACUUAAAAACUCACCCAAUCUUUGACUUAAAAAGGUUUAUGUGCAUACAUGUAUCUGUAGGUGCUGGAAAGAUACACAUGCAUGCAUAUAGGUUAUAGUCUUUUGGUCCUAGUGGGUAAAAUAUGAAGGUUUUGAUCAAUGAACCUUGCAAAUUUCAUGCAGUUUAUUUGUGACCAAAAUAUCGGAAUAAUUCACUGCUGUCCAACGUAAAGAAAAUUCCUCCCUACUCAAGGCAGUUGCCGUUUGUCAAAUUGCGUAAAUGCCGUAACGCGAGUUUUAGGAGGGUGGGGCAAAUAAUUUAAAAAGGGCCUUGAGGAAGAAGCUCCUGACAGACUUGGAGACCUGGUUGUGCCGGUUGAAAGGGUUUUCUGUUCUGCUCUCAGCUAGGUUGCACAGACACCAUUUUCAAAGAGACCAUGUCUUCUGAACAAACCUGGAGUGGUCCCACAGUGAGACUUUCAAAUGGGAUACAAAUGCCGAUUCUUGGAAUGGGCACGUCCCAAGUUGGAGGAUUCUGCCAAGACACCGUUCUGUUUGCAGUCCGAGAAUGCGACAUACGCCUCAUUGACACGUCAAAGUACAAUGGCUUUGAGGUACAGCUUGCUGAAGUUUUUAGAGAUAGCGGGGUACCCCGCAGCGACCUGUGGGUCACCAACAAACUAUGGCCGGAGGACUACGGAUAUGAAGCUGCCAAGAAGGCCUUUCAGAAAUCCUGCUCCCAGAUGGGGGUGGACUAUCUUGACAUCUACAUGUUGCACUGGCCCGGCUCGAUGCUGCCCGGUCGCAGCAACAGAGAACAGAGAGCUGAGGCCUGGAGAGCUUUGGAAAACCUUUAUGAAGAGGGUUUGUGUCGCUCUAUUGGGGUGAGCAACUUUAUGAUUCACCACCUGGAGCAGUUGAAGCAGGACUGUACUGUGGUGCCACAUGUUAAUCAAGUGGAGUACCAUCCAUACCAGCAGCCCAAUAAGCUGAUGGAGUACUGCCGUCAGGAGGGGAUCGCGUUUCAGGGGUACUGCCCUCUGGCCAAGGGUCAAGCCGUGAGCGACCCCACUAUCAUCCAGCUGGCACAGAAGUACGGACGCACACCUGCUCAGAUCUGCAUCCGCUGGAGUAUUCAGAAUGGAGCCAUUACAAUUCCAAAGUCAACCAAAAAGGAGCGUGUAGUAGAAAACUGUCAGGUGUUUGAUUUCCAGCUGGAGGAGGAAGACAUGAAGGCUAUAAACGGGCUGCAUGACGGGAGACAUGUGUCGUGGGAUCCAACAAAUGUAGAGUAGCACCAAUGCCCCACAAAUCGAUUCCUCACGUGCCUCACUCACUCUUAUUUUGAAAGAAAA